AUGGGCAGCAACGAACCCCUCAAUAUCAGAUACUUGCAAAAAGGCCCUGAACUCUUUAAAACUGCUCCUGACUACGUUCCCUCAUGGUAGAAUGCCCUCAUUUCUCUCUCUCUCUCUCUCUCUCUCUCUUAAUUUUACUCUUCCCCAUCUUGGCUUCUCUCUCUAGAUUAAAAAAAUGACUACCUCUUGAUAACCACAGAGAAGCUCUUUUUUCAGGUUUCAUGGAUAAAGAAAUAAUAUUUUUCCAAAGUUUUCCUUUAUUUCUUUGACCUCAUCCCAUGCCCUUAUGGGGAUCGAAGGAAAGAAAGAUUGAGAGAUGGAGAGUACCUUGAUAAGCGGUUAUGUUUAAGGGUUUUACAGCGAAAAUGCAAGAAGUGAAUGGGUUUAUUUGUAACAACCCGGCAUGAAAGUGAGUCACCGGUGUUGCGCCGCUGGAAAAAUGGUCAACGUAGGCUGAUUGCGUUGGACUGCUGAGGAUGGUGGUGGGAAGCCGCGGCCUGCUGUGUCUCUCAUGUCCUCCAAGUGCGAUUGCAGAGAGUUGAUUCCUCUUUACUCCCGGGAAAUUCCUUGUGAGAUCCUUUAGCUCUGUCUCUCUCGCUCUAUCCUUCUGUCUAUCUUGCUCUCUUGUGGUUUGGUGAAUUCCGAGAGCAAUGCAAGGGGAGGGAUGGGGCUCCCGUCUUCUGUUUCUCGCUCUCCUUCUUCUCAUCCAGCACUCGACUCCAGGAGCCGCCCAGAAGUGGCUGACCUUUGACGGUACUCUCUUCAGUUUUCUCCCUGUGGCCGUCUUUCCUUUGUGUGCAGUGGUUCCAACCGCUGCGCUCUACGGCUUGAGCCUUUCUGGUUUAUGAUUUUGAAUGGGAAAAGUUUGGAAGGUCCGGCGGUCAUGGAGUUCGUCUCUCUGUCUUAGUUUCUCGAUUGUGUAAAUAGAUCGUGCAUAACUUUGUAGAUGUUUUGUUGUUUCCGAGUCGUGUAUGAGGCGGAAUGUGGUCAUAGGAAGCGCCUUUUCGCUUUAUCUGCUUGAUGUCGCAUCUGGAACCUGAGCACCUCUGGUUGUCUGGCGCUGUAUUGUCCCUGUUGUGCAGACAUCCUUGGAGAAUUAGCCCAUAUACACAUGAAAUUCGAAAUUCGUGGCCCCUUGCCGCUUCUGAGGGGCGACGAACGAAUAUCCUGCUCCUAGGGGAUCGGAAAAUUAUUCUUCGGGCCUCUGAAUCUUCUUAUAUUUGGAAAGAAAUUGAUCCACGUGGUUCCUGAUGGAUGUUUCUUCUGGUCAACGGGAUAUCAGCUUAAUCUCAAGAUCAAAUGGCAUUCUUCACAUCGGGGAGAUACCAAAGAACACUUCUGAUCUUCGGACGUUUUCCAGUGUUUAUCCCUAAAAUUCAUGUCGAUAACCUGAUUUAAUGGUUUUAGUUACGUUGGCUUUGAAUGGCCCAACAUACUUAUAUUCUCUGCCAUCUUCCGUACUAAUCGUCCAUCUAGCGAACGCACUUUUGUGGGUAUAGUUUGUUCAUUUGACCACAUUUUUUAUGGAUCUCUAGAUGCAUAAUUAAACACCUUGAGUCGAUCGUGAUUGAGCAGGGGAAAAGAAAACUUUGAAUUAAAUAAAAAUAUAAAAAAGGAGAGAAUGAUUUUACCCCAACUAGUUGCAAACUCCGUAUGAAGUAAAGAAUUACCUCAGAUGCUAAUCCAGAUGGCACAUUACCAGGGAGACUUGCGAUCCAAACUUUCAUGAUGUCUUGGAGCUCCGCUCCCACAUUCUAAUCUUAUCUUUAUCUUAUCAGGCUAAGAUUCUUUUCUUCAAAUUUGAAAGAUCUAAAAUUCAUGUCUAUUCUGCGGUCAUCUUUUAUGGUGUGUUUUUGUGAAAUAUUAUAAUUCACGUUCUCUAUGCUGCAAUGCAAUGCAGGUAAGGAGCCGUUAGUGAUAGCCAAAGGAGGCCAUUCCGGGUUAUAUCCCGACUCCAGUUCACAGGGAUACGGGAAUGCGCAGGAGAAAAGUUUACCCAGUGCAUCGUUGUGGUGUGAUGUGCGAUUGACGAAAGAUGGGAUUGGGAUCUGUCUCCCUGAGCUCAAUAUGCACAACUGCACGGAUAUCUCUAAUUGGUACCCUAAUGGUGCUAAGAACUACACGGUGAAUGGUGUGCCUCAGAGAGGAUGGUUCUCUGUCGACUACAGCUUGGGCGACUUAGACAAGGUUACUUGUAAGUGAGAUGACUCUGUUGAAUCAAUUUUUCUGACUUUCGGUGAAGUCGUAAUAGGUCCACACCGCACAAAUCCCAUAGUGAAGGUCCUUUUUUUUCUUGGAAAAGAAAACAAACACCACUGAGUUUCGAAGUUCUUCAUUUCUUUUCGUGGUUCAUAAUGCAAAGUAAUGAAGAACUAAUCCAAGUAGUUAAUACGAAUAGAGGCCGGUCUCGAAAACGGAUGCAAAUACACAAUACAAUGCUUUCUCCUUGCUUCUCCUUGUUUUAAUCCUUUUUCAGUCGAACAUCACCGCCUUUCUCCUUGUUUCGCAAUCAAUUGCUUUGCUCUUGUAAUAAGAAAUCCACCUACGCAAGUUACUCUGUAGAUUUUGGAUCCCAAUUCAUCUGAAGAAUUAUGAAUUAGGUGCCCAAAUGCCAUUGCACGUCUCUCUGACGAUGUUUCUUCCUUCCUGACCAGUGAACCGAUCGAUUCUCUCUCGAAGUGACAAAUUUGAUGGAUUCUAUCAAAUCCUCACUGUGGACGACUUGCAGCAACUAAAAAAGCUGCGUCUGUGGUUAAAUAUUCAGGUAUGAGAGUGCGAAAAAUCAAUUUAAUUCUUUAGCAUUGCCAUCUUUAUAUUCGUCAUGUCCCUCCCCUGCUCUUCGUUCGGGAAUCUGAGACUGCAGUACACUCUUCUUGUUGAAUGCUUUCUAUUUGCCGUAGUAUUGAAGAACCCCGUCGUAUCUUGCAGCAUGAUAAGUUCUACACAGAUCAUAAGCUCAACAUGACGAGCUAUCUGCUCAAUAUUACGAGGACCUUCGCUGUUGGGUACGUGUCAUCGCCGGAGCUGUCUUUCCUGAGACGAGUAGCUCCACGGUUGAAUGACUCCAACACGCAGGCUGUCUUUCGUUUCCUUGAAUCAGGCGAGCUGGAGCCAUCGACAGGCUAA